GUACAAUCGAACUGGCGGGCGCAGCGUUUUGAAGUCAUCGGAUUUAUUGGAAUUAUGGGGUCGUCACCAGAGAUGGAGAGGUUUGGUUUGUCUGAUGUGGAAUAUUCGUUCAUGAUGGAUCCUUUAAAACGACGCCACAACCAAUCAAAGAAGCAAACAAUAUACGGGAUUUUCGCCUCAGAUGAUUCUGAUUCAGAGCCUGAAAGAAGUGGCUUCGGUGGACGUGAAGCUGGUUUCAAGCGUAAGGGUGCCAAUUAUUCAGCACCGAUCACCUUUGUCAGUGGUGGAGUGAAGGCAGGUGCCGGUGCUUCGUCUGGUCCGAAAGAAAAUAACGAAGAAGUCGACCAGAUUUCGGAUGAUGAAGACGACAAAUCUGUCCUAAGGAGUUUGCGUCCUUAUCAUGAUUCAGACUCUGACUCACCAAAUUCAGAUAUUUAUCGUAAACCUGACAAGCCUGUGGGCAUAUCCGUUGGGGCCAGUCGACGUGUAGCAGCCGCCGCUGCAGCGGCGAAGUCUGCGACCUCUGGUUUCGGGGCUUGGGAAAGGCACACAAAGGGUAUUGGAAUGAAACUUUUAGAGCAGAUGGGUUACGAACCGGGCAAGGGUCUUGGUUCUGACGGUCGGGGUAUUGUUACUCCAGUUCAAGCUGUCCAACGAGUGGGGAAAGUAUCAGUAGGGUACUAUGGAUCUGAAAAAGCCCCCGCCCCUCGUCGAGGAAAUGAGACUGUCGUUGAAGGUUCAGACUCUGGUAAGUUAUUUUUGAUCUAUAAGUAACC